AUGACUACCCGCCAGGCAACGCACGCUGGUUCUUGGUACACAUCCAGCAGGUCUCAACUUGACAGCUCGCUCAACGGCUGGCUACAAGCUGUGAAACCAUCCGAGAUCCCUCCGAGAGGAGUCAGUGCUGCGGAUGUGGACGUGGAUGGUCAGCUUGGCUACAAGAGGACACAACAAGCUGGGGGCGAUGCAGAGAAGUUGAGCUUGCCGGUGGAUGGCUGCAGAGCUGUGAUAGCACCGUGAGUAUCAGAUAUAGACGUAUGCUUCAGUUGCAAUAUGAACACCGCAACACGAAGCAAGGUGAAUCGCGCCCCAGUCGCAGCAGCUCAAGAGCCUUGCAUUCUCGCUGCAGACAUGCUGGUUACUCGUACUCUGGACCAGCCGCUGCUUGGGCGUAUGCUACCAUCAAUCCCGAGAAGCAGUGAGUCAUCCUCGCUUCGAAGUCUUCACGCGAACCUGAGAUUGAGCCACGCAUCUGACGCCCCACAUCAGCAAGCGCAUCUUCAUCCUUGGACCCUCCCAUCACCACUACUUGUCGGGCUGCGCUCUAAGCAAAUGUCAAAAGUACGCGACCCCCAUAGGUGACCUACCUUUGGACCUCGAUAGUGAGUCACGUACUGACAUGACUUGCACCUGUGCUGCGAGGUCGCACCACGCUGACACAAAUCGAUUUGUCUAGCCAUUGGUGAAUUGCGGGGGACGGGAGAGUUUGAAGACAUGUCUCUUUCGACCGACGAGGACGAGCACAGCAUCGAGAUGCAUUUGCCGUACGUGCGCAAAAUUUGGCAACAGUGAGUGAGGUAUGGAGAGCAGAGCAAUGUAUCAUCUCAAGAUUGGAAUGCUCUCCCCUAAACUCAUUAAGACUGGCCUUGACCUCUUGCCUUCCUUGCGGUCACUCAACAGGGCAGACAUCAAGAUCGUGCCGAUUCUGGUGGGAUCUACGGAUUUCGACGCCGAGACUAAGUACGGUAGACUCCUCGCGCCAUAUCUCGCUGAUCCUGAGACUUUUGUCGUCGUCAGCUCGGACUUUUGUCACUGGUCAGUGAAUGUCUCAUUCAUAAGCUCCCGGUGCUUCUUGCUGACGAGGUCUGGCGCUUAUCCACGUUCACCACAUCACGCAGGGGCUCGCGCUUUCGCUACACCCACUACCACGCUCCUCCGGCAGCGCCCACGCAAUUGCGAAGCUCAUCUACCCUCGCUACCACUACGCCCAUCCAUAUGUCCAUUCGGGCACUUGAUGCCGAGGGAAUGUCCUGCAUUUCCUUUCCAAGCCCGGCACCGUUCGUCGGCUCCAAUGAAAGCGACACAUCGACUCAGCGCGAAGUCGUCCCGGAUGCGAAAUCUGCCAGCGAGGCUAGGAACGUUUGGAAUGAUUAUCUGGAGGCCCACCACAACACAAUAUGCGGGAGGCAUCCUAUUGGCGUGCUGUUAGCUGCACUUGAAGAGCUACAGAGGAGGGGACACUCCUCGGAGUGUCGUUUCACGCGAUACGAGGUGAGCUCAGUCCAGCGUACCGUAUCUGCCGGGAUCGACUCGAAAUUGAUCCCGCGGAACCUAAAUCUUCUCCCCCGGUCUUGCGUGUCCGUAUCAGCAAAGUUCUCAGUGUCUGACCGCCCGAGAUAGCAGCGUCUCGUACGCCAGCGCCUUCAUUCGCAUUCAUUCGGCUUCAUCAUGA